GGAUAAAACAAUGUCAAAUGUUUAGUCAACUGUCAAUUUCUGCCCGGUUGGUAGGGUUGAUUAAAUAUUUUUAAUAAGUUUUUAGGGUCUAUUUUGUAUCGAGAUCACACACAAAUCAGAAUGAAUUUCGACGAAGAUUUCAUUGUGUUUCUAAUUAUACUAUUCACAUUGGUGGAAUUUACAUGGGAACUUUAUCUCUCUAUGCGGCAGUUGAAAAUCUAUAAGACAAAUACUACUAUUCCAGAUGAUUUGAAAGAAAUGUUAAAUGAGGAUACCUUCAAAAAGGCGCGCCUAUAUGGAAUUGAUAAGUCACAAUUCAAGAUGUUGAAAGAAUUUUACAGUAUUGCACUAUCUAUUGUGGUUUUAUACAAUCGGUGGUUGUAUGUUGCAUGGCAACAAUCUGAAAUGAUUGUAGCCUCUUUAAAUAUUUCCCCAGACAGGGAAAUUAUUGUAAGUUGUGCAUUCAUAUCAUAUGUAACAUUGUUUAAUUUUGUUGUGAACAUGCCAUUUACUAUUUAUGCAACAUUUGUGUUAGAAGAUAAACAUGGAUUUAACAAGCAGACAAUUGGCUUCUUCAUAAAGGAUCAGAUAAAAUCCUUAGUGCUCAGCCUUGUCAUUACACUUCCCAUAAUAUCCAUAGCAGUAUAUAUCAUAAUGCUUGGAGGAAAUAUGUUUGUUGCUUGGCUGUGGCUUUUCACUACAGUAGCAACAUUAUUAUUGCUCACCAUAUAUCCGUCUGUGAUUGCUCCACUAUUUGAUAAGUUUGUUCCACUACCAGAUGGCCCUCUUAGAAAGGGAAUUGAAAAUUUAGCUACGAGGCUUCAUUUUCCAUUAUCUCAAAUAUACAUUGUUGAGGGUUCUAAACGAUCAGCACACAGCAAUGCCUACUUCAGUGGCUUGUUUGGUGCUAAAAGAAUAGUUUUAUUUGAUACAUUGCUAGAGAAAUUUGAUGAGGAGAAGAAAGUCACAACUGGGUGCACUGACAAUGAAAUUUUGGGAGUCUUAGCUCAUGAACUUGGACAUUGGAGUUGCAGUCACAUUUACAAGUCAAUUGCCUUAACCGAAGUAAACUUGCUUCUUCUGUUCACUGCAUUUGGGUACUUGUUCAGAUAUUCCAUGCUGUAUACCUCUCUUGGUUUCCCUCCCGGACAAGAACCAAUUAUCAUGGGCUUAGUUGUAGUUUUACAGAUGAUCCUUGCUCCAUAUAAUUCAGUGUUAUCUUACUUGGCUACUGCGUUGUCUAGGAAGUUCGAAUUUGAAGCUGACAACUUUGCAGUAUCCUUGUCUUAUCCAAAUGAGUUAAGGUCUGCUCUAAUUAAGUUAGGUAAAGACAAUUUGGACUAUCCAAUUUAUGACAAAUUAUACUCAUCAUGGUAUCACUCACAUCCAACAUUGUUACAUAGAAUUGAAAACAUCAGAAACCAAGUUGGUAAUGAAAAAAUGGAGUGAUACAUUUAAGAAUUUAUUUAGAAUGUACAAUUUUUUUAUAUCAAUACAUGUAUAACAGUACAAGUAAAAUAUACUUCUGUGUAAUUGUGAAUUGCAUUUUGUAGUAUAUUCUAGUCCAGUCUUAUAUUUUUCUAUAUUUCAGUCCAAGCACAUGUAACAUGGAUUUACAGUUAAAAAAUAAGUUGUAAAACACAUUCCCAAAGCCUAAUUCUGAGUACCCAAUUAUAUAAGUCAGAAGUAUUUAUUUUGAUUACAUAUAUUGUUAUUGUAUUUAUAAUAUCAUAUGAAGCAGGAUUACAACACAGCAGCAUUUAUUUUGCACUUAUUGUAAUUGAUGUCUAUAUUUCUAAAGGAAACACCAGCAUAUUAGGUAGGUGUAAAACUUGUAUCUUUAUAUUUUUACAUAAUAUCUAGCAAUUUUUGUGAAUCUUUAUAAACAAUAAAUACUAGUAGUGUCA